CAGAGGAAGCUGCGGGAGGAGGAGGAAGAGGGUCAGGUUUGGGGUAGGGACCCCUGCGAAGUCUGGGUUUUGUGCGGAGGUCAGACGGAGGCCCUGGAGAGCAGGUGCGUGCCUUCAUAGGAGGGGGUUCCCAGAGCUGUGCUCAGCAGAACCCCGAGGCUUGGAGAGGUGCCAGGGCCCCCUGGGGCACUGGAUCAGGGUGUGGCCAGAGGCUCCGUGGCCUCACCUGGCCCCGCAGGACAAGGUCCAAGGCGUUCCCUAGCCCGUCCUAGCUUUAUGGCACCGAGGCAGGGGACUGUCCGGGAUGGGACCAAGUGUCCCUCUAGGCAGGUAUAGGGGAGGGAACCAGGAGACCGGAGUCCCUGCCAGCCAUCCUCCCUCUCUGAGCCUUAGUUUCCCCACUUGACAUCCCUUAGUGAGGGGCAGGCCCGCUGAUGAAAGAAAUCUUACAAGAGGAACCUCAGAAUGUGUUGCACCCUGGGAGACAGGCAGGUGCGCUCGUGCACACGGGGGCCCAGGGAGGCUGCCUGGGGAUGGCCUUGGGUCUGGCCACGUGAGCUGGGUGGGAGAGGGCAGUAGCAGGAGUCCGGGAGACGAACGGGCAGGGGCACCAGAACAUGUCAGACGCUCACGGGGCAAGCUGUUGAGAGAGUCAGUACGGGAGUGAGCCACAGGUGCGGCUGGAUCCAGGAGUUCACACAGCAUUUUUUAAGGACGCCUGUUGGCGUCAGUGCUGCCCUCAAGCAGGCUGUGUCCGUGAGGGCACACGUGCGGCCCCCAGCCGUUUGCUGGGUAACAAGCCCGGGGGGCGGAGGGCUCCGAUUUUCCAGGGUAAUCGCAAGGUCUCAGGACCAGAAUUUCACGUCAUUGGCAGGCUGGGUCACGCGUCCAUCCCCGAAGUGAUCAUAGAGGCCCUUUGGCCAGGACUUUGGCCUUCGAGGGAAAGGAAAUCGCACCUGUCCCCAAGAGAGCGGCCGGGGGCUGUGUCCCGGUCCCUGACGUGUUGGCCGUUGUUCCCUUCUCCUCCCCCAGUGAGCCCGGAGCACCUGCGCCCGGAGCCGUGGGCAGCUGAGUCCCCCAGGCCAUGGACCGAGUGACCAGAUACCCCAUCUUCGGCAUCCCUCACUCGCCCCGUGUGGGUGGCCUGGGCCUGGAGGAGGGCACCGGCCACACGUUUGAGCUGGUGGACGUGGGGCCUGCGGCCAGCGGCUGGGACCAGAACAAGCCACGGGCCCUGCCUGCUGACCGAGAGGCCGGGCCGAAUGCAGCCGGGCCGAAGGCGUCCCGGAGCCCAUGUGCCCUCCUGGACCGGCCAGCCCCGUGGAGGCUCGGCCGGGAGGGUGACGACAAAGAGGAGGCGAAGGCCUGCCGUCGGCACCCGAGGGACGCCCAGCCCACGCGGCCACGGAGCCUGGAACGGGAGCACCAGGCAGUCAUCCAGGGCCAGGCACUCAGGAAGGGCAGCACGGCGGCCACGCUCCAGGGCAGGCCUGCCCACGGGGACCCCGGGAGCCCCGGCCAGGCUCAGUCUGGGCCCCCGGAGGAGCACGCGGUCGACAGGGAGCAGAUCAACUUCCUGGCGGCCAGACGGCAGUUCUUGAGUCUGGAGCAGGCCGGUGCAGCGGCCGCCCAGAACCUUCCAGCUAGGGCGGCCCCUGCGUGCGCCCCGCCUGCCGUGGGUCAGGCCUCCACGGCCUCGGGCGGGCUGCCCCCGGCCAGCGGGUGUGCCGUCCCCCCGAAGCCCCAGGGGAGGGACGCGGUCUCGGGAGAGAAGGGGGGCGCCGGCGGCCUCCCCGCUGCCCCUGGUGCCCGGGCUGUGGGCGGCCGUGGCUCCCGGUCCCGAGUGGGGUCCCCGGAGCCCCCCGGGGAGACGCCCAUCGAGCGGGAGAUCCGGCGGGCCCAGGAGCGGGAGGCAGACCUGCGAAAGCAGAGAGGCCUACGGCAGGCGGCCAGCCAGCAGGAGAUGGUAGAGAUACCCACCAGGCCACUGCUGACCAAGGUCGGCCUGGCCUCGGCCCCGCGGCGGGACAGGGGGCGCCCGUCACUCUACGUGCAGCGGGAUUUGGUGCAGGAGACCCAGCGGGAGGAGGACCACCGGCGGGAGGGCCUGAAGCUGGGCGAGCCGUCCACGCCUGCCGGGGCGGCCCUGGGUCCCCAGCCGGGACUCAGGAAAGCCCUCAGCUCAGACUCCAUCCUCGGCCUGGCCCGGGAAGACGGGCCGGCCUGCCCUGCUCCCGCGGUGAGGAAGGAGGACCGCGGCAUCCCGGCCGACGCCCUCCAGCCGCACCUGCGCCCCGGGAGCCCCCGGCUGGCGUGCCCAGCCCUCCACGCGUCCGGCAGGCCUGGGGGUCUCUCUGCGGCCGAGGCCGAGGCUGUGGGCUCUCCACAGGCCACAGGCUCUCCGUGGCGUCUCUCGGAAUCCUCUGGAAAACCGGCAGGCGCAAAGCCGCAGUGCCCCAAGCCCCGCGAGGGGCCCCCGCCGGCCAAGAGAGGGGUCAUCCGACAGGAGCAUUUCUGCCUGCGGCCCCUGCGGUUCAGGGUCCCAGACGGGCCCCUGCAGGCCGCGGCCCCCCGCGUCCCAGGCUGGGAGGGCGCGGGGAUCCUGGCGUCGACGCUGCAGAGGUCCCAGUCGUCCGAACUGCUGGAGAAGGAGGUGGAGAGCGUCCUGCAGCGCGAGCGGGAGGUGGCCGAGGAGCGGAGGCAGGCCCUCUUUCCUGAGGUCUUCUCCCCGCCGCCCAAUGCCGACGCCACCGACGACGACGAGCCCGACGGCUCCAGGAGCUCCUCCGCGGCUUCCGGCGUCACGGGCAGCUACUCCGUGUCUGAGUCCCACUUCUUCACCCCCAUCCACCUGUCAGGCGUGGCGGGUGCUCCCACGCAGAAGAAAAGGAAGGAGCCGCGGUAUGCCAGCCUCAGCGCCUCCGACCACAUCAACUCAGAGGUCCUUGAGGCCACACGGGUCACCCGCCACACCAAUGCCAAGGCCAGGUGCUGGGAAGCCCGUAUCUACGCCAACGCCGACGAGGGCAAGGGCUGAGCCGGGCGCCCCGGGCCUGCCCUGGGGGUUCUGCGGGCCCAUCCGGAGCCCCGCUUCCCUUAGGAAACAGGUGCCUGUUUAAACUCCCCACCCCCCCCCUCCCAACCCACCCCCCCCAGAACCACAGAUCAGGGCCAACAACCCCGAGGCCGGAUGCAUUGUCAGCCCUGAUGGUUCUCUUUCCUGUUCUUAUCUUCCUGGAGACAUUGUUGUGUUUUCUGUGUGUCCUGCUGGGGAUGGAACGGGAGGUCUCUCGAUUCUGCUUCUAAGACUUUGCCAAACACUCUGGGCCCCAAGUGGGAGGAGACCAGCCGCCCCCCACCCCCAGGUCCAGAUGUGAUUGUCCCUGCUAGUCUGAGGGCGGUGGGGCUGGUCCCUGGGGGAGCCGCAGGUCUGAGGGAGGAGCACCCAGUCUGAGGGCCUCUGUGUUGUCCCCCAACCCCACCCCCGCGUGGCACACCCAGCAAAUCUCUGAAUUACAGCCCUGUGGGGUUAGCCCCCCCGCCCCCGGCAGAGAAGAGGGCUGAAGGGGACCCACGUGCUCUGUGCCCCCCUGCCGCGGCCCAGCAGUGACAGCGUCAGUGCCUGUCCAGUGGGCGAGGCCAGUGGGUCCCCCAUGUGGCCCUCCAACAGCAUCCCUGGUGUCCGGGGAGGUUGGAGGGGUCACUGGUUGGGCCCUGUGUGCAUUCUAUCCUCCCACCUGAGAGACGAGAUCAUUCUGGGCAAGGUGUGGACGCUGGACCCAAACCCUGGUUCUGCAGCCAUCCUUGGGGUGGCCUUGGGGGUCCCCAGAGCUCCUGUGCCUCGGUUUCCCCUCCAUGCACAGGGAUGGCCGGCCUCAGCCUCCAGGCCCCUCCCGCUCCCCCUCUCCUUGGCCGCUGCAGGGAAAACCGAGGCGGCCAGUUCCAGAAAUCCUGCGGCCGCCCCCGCCAGCCCAGGAGGCAAAAGCCUGAAAUAGCUGGGCGGGGGUGGGGCCGUGGGGGCCUGGGGUGGGCUGGGAGGGGCUCUUCAGGGUAGAGCAGAGACAGGCCGAGGGAGGAGGCAGGGCCCCAGUCCGAGGGAGGAGGCGAGGUCUGUGUCCACAAGCAGGGCCUGGGCCGGGAUUCCUACAGUCUGUCCUGCGUCAGAGUGCGGGCCCCACCCACCCUUCAGGGAGGCACCUCAGGGGCUCGCCGUCUCCUGCCGGCUCAGCCACCUGGUGCCAACGGGCCUGCCACCACCCUCCCCGAGUCGGGACCUCUAGCGUGGGGGCGCUGCCCGAACGACUGGUUCGAUGGCUCUGGGCUCAGAAGUCCUAACACCUGGGAAUGGGCAGGGCCGGUUCCCCCGGGACCCCGGGGACCCGUCUCCCCACUUUUCCAGCUUCCAGAGGCGCCGCAUCCUGGGCCCGCGGCCCCUCCUCAUCCUCGCAGCACAGGGUCGCCGGGCUCUCUGCCUCCCUCUCGUGAGGAUGCUGGGUCCCCAGGGCACCCAGAGUCACCCCCUCCUCGGCGGCCUUGACAAAGGUCCUCUCUGCCACGCAAGGCGACAGGUCUGCAGGUCUGAGGACCAGGAACGGGGACGUCUUUGGGGACCUUAUGCUGCCCACCACACAGAGUCUCCUUGUCCCCUGUCCCGGUUAACCUUCCCUGGCCUCUGCUCAGGGCCUCCUGGGACUGUUGCACAGGCCGUGCACAAGGCACCCAGCUGAGGUGGGGAGGGCUGGGCUCCCCUAUGGCCUGGGCCCUCCUGUAACCCCCCUGGCCCGGCCGUGCUUCUCUGCACACAGGUCAUGUCAUGGAGGGGUACAUUCAUGAGUCCUCUAGGUCAGAGGGCCCCCGCCCAUGGUGGGACCAGCUCUCUGGUCUCAGUAGACUGUCCUUUGACCCCCAUAAUGCCCCCAGCACCGUGGCCUGUGAAGGUUCCCGCAAAACACAGAGAGAGCCACUGCAGGGAGUGAUGUCCUCCCCCAACGCGGUCCGUCUGUCCCCCCGCAUACUUGCUCUGCCCUUGAAUCCUGCUCUGUCCGGUGGGUGCCGCGAGGAAGGUUCAGAAACGGCUUCCCCAGCGUGGGUCUGCCUGUGGCCCCGCUGCCUGGGGGUGGGGCCCCCCCACCCUGCCAUCCAGACCAGGGUCUGGGCACAGCGGGAGACUCCUCUGCAACCUGCCGGCUCCCUUGGGCCACGUUUGUCCCCACGGGGGCUCAGUCGGGGACAGGGGACCCUCCAGGACACAGUGUCUGCAGCCCCUGGGGCCACUCCAUUCGAGAGGCGAUGUCGGCCCUCGAUGCCGACCCUGGGACAGUGCCCACGCAGGAGACCCGCGUCCCGCUCCCCCAGCCAAGGGCCACCAGGUGGAGCAGAGACUUGAAUGUUCCACGGGUGCAUGAUGGCCGUGUCCCCACCCGCCCGCCCCCUGCCUGGGUGACCAGGGCCACCUGGGGGGCCUGCAAUGUGGGCGGGGAAGCAGACCUUGUGUGUUCAGCCUGAUCGACAAAAUGAACACGAGUUCCUCAAGAAGUUAAACACACAACAGCCAUGUGACCCGGAGGUUCCACGUCUGGGUCUGUCCCCAAGAGAACGGGAACCAGGGACUUGAAGAGAUACUGGCACCACCGAGGUCACGGAGGCACGAGUCACAACAGCGAAAGGGGAGCAGCCCAGGGUCCCUCCGUGGAUGAAGGACAAACACAAUGUGUCCAUCCCCACGCUGGAAUGUGACCCAGCCCCAGGAAGGAAGGACGUCCUCCCACCUGCCACCGCGUGGAGGGACCCGGAGGUCACUGUGCGCAGUGACAGGAGCCAGACACAGAAGGACACGUCCUGCAUGACCCCCCUCACGGGGGUCCCCAGAGGAGUCCCGUCACAGAGACAGAGUAGAUGGUGGGAGCCGGGUGGGGGAGGGGGCAGGGAGUCCCUUGCUUCAUGGAGACAGUCUCAGUCUGGGGAGAUGGAAAGUUCUGGAGGCGGGUGGGGGGGGGCGGGUGCAGGACAGCGUGAGUGUGCUUGAUGCCACUGAGCUGUGUGCUCGGAAAGGGUUAGAGUGAUACAUUUUGUGUUAUGUGCAUUUUGCCAAGAUCUUUAAAAAGCUAAA